AGAAUUGUUGAUAUUGUCAUGAAUAAGAGAAAAUCUCUUUUUUUUACUGGAUCAGGUGGAUGUGGUAAAACUUAUACAUUAAAUUACUUGAUCAGAAAAUUAUACAAAGAGUUCGGAAAGGACAAGAUCGGUGUGAGUUCAUCAACAGCAUUGUCUGCAAUGAACAUAAAGGAUGGCAUGACAUUACAUAAACUUUUUAGUAUUGGAAUUAUGGAUAAACCAUUUAAAGAGAUUAUUUAUAAUAUAUUAGAAAAUGAUUUUAUUCAUGUUGACAGAGUUGCACGUGAGAUACGUGGAGAAAAUGAACCAUUUGGAGGAAUUCAACUCGUGAUUUCUGGUGAUUUUGCACAAUUAAGACCAGUUGAAGGCAAAUAUGCGUUUCAGAGUAAACUUUGGGAUUUAGCUAUAGAGGAAAACAUUUUAUUGAAAAAGAUAUACAGACAGACAGACGAGUAUUUUAUUAGAGAUGGUCGAGAACCGACAAGGCUUUUUUCCACGAAUAAAGAAGUUACGAUCUGUAAUAUGAACAAAUUAAAUGAUAUACCUGGAGAAAUGUUAAAAUAUGUUUCUGUUGAUUGGUCU